AUGAUGACUGAAUAUAUACUGAAAUUAGUGACAGCUUACUUGAGUAGCCGUAUCAAUGGCAGGAUCGGGAUAAAGCAUGAGAGCAUAUUUAUACACACGAGACUUUUCCAGGAGAAGAUAAUCCGAGGUGUCAUUCACACUGUCGGCACACAGUUUGAAAAUCCAUUGGCGCUCCACGCGGAAAUCCUUAUGAACAGAGAAGGCCACUCGAAUAAAAUCUGGGGCAGUAUUCAAAUCAAUCGCAGGCUUUGCCAAGAAUUUGUUCCAAAUCACCUCGUACAUUCUAUGCUGAGGUUUAGUGAUCAUCAUCAGUGAAUUGAUGAAGAAGUUUGCAUGAACUCGCGUUAGCCUGAACGAAGAAUCGGCUAACGACCCAAAGAGGAGCCUACUGCGUACCCCACCACCCAAUUCAUUUGGGAUCGUACUCAAACUGUACCGGAGGGUAUCCAACAUGAAGUUUAUCUGAACGCGCUCGGGAAAUUGUUUCAUAGCAGCUACAGAGGGAGGAAGAGAGGCCACUCUAGUCGGCUUCCAUGCCUCCGAGAGCCGCUUAAAUAA